AUGACUACAAAGAAAUACACAGAGAGAGCUCAGAAUGCUUUGAAGGCAUGCUUGGAUGAAGCCAUUGCAAACAGUAAUAAUGUUGUUGAGCCAGAACAUCUCCUGAAGGUCAUAUUGAAUGACCAGACAUCGAUACUGUGUUCUGUGCUAAGCAUUGAUGAGAAGGAGGACAUCAAGAACAAGCUUAUAAGGAGGAUAGGAGGGUUUGCAAAGCAGUACAACUGCACGGAGCCACGUAUCGGGGAAUCACUUGCAAGAGUUCUGAUGGCUGCAGAGAAUGGAGGGGACAGUUAUGUUUCUGUGAAUGCGUUGGUGUUGCAGCUUCUUACCGUAAAGAGUAUUAAAGAAUUGAUAAGCAAUUCCGAGGAUAUAAGGAAAAGGGUUGAGGAGCAGUCGAAGAACAAGAAGUUUGAUUCUCGAAACUCCGACGAUGCAACAGAUGUGAUGUCAAGGUUUGCUGUUAAUAUGGUCGAGCAGGCAAGGCAGAAUGUCUUUGACCCUGUUAUUGGAAGGGAUGAGGAGAUACGCCAGGUGAUUGAGAUACUGUCUAAGAAGACAAAGAGCAAUGCAAUAUUGGUAGGGAUGCCAGGGGUUGGAAAGACAGCAAUAGUGAACGGAAUUGCACAGCUAAUAGCAAAUGGAGAGAUUCCCACACUCAAGGAUGCAAAGAUCUAUAAUGUGGAUGUUGGGUCGAUGGUUGCAGGGACAUCACAUAGAGGGGACUUUGAGGAAAGGCUGAAGAGCCUAGUUAAAGAAGCCGAGACGACGCCCGGAGUCAUCCUGUUUAUUGACGAGAUUCAUAUUGUGCUGGGAGCUGGGAAGACUGAUGGAGCAAUGGAUGCAGCAAAUAUGUUGAAACCCGGGUUGGCGGCUGGGACCAUCAAAUGCAUUGGAGCAACAACGCAUGAUGAAUAUAGAAAAUAUGUUGAGAAGGAUCCAGCGUUUGAAAGAAGAUUUGUUCAGGUUGUUGUGAGCGAGCCGUCGAUUGAAGACUCCAUCACGAUGCUUAGAGGGCUUAAGGAAAGGUUGGAGGCAUAUCACGGAGUCAAGAUAGCUGAUAGUGCUCUUGUAUAUGCUGCGAAUUCGUCGAAGAAGUACAUUUCUAACAGAAGGCUUCCUGAUGUGGCAAUUGAUUUAGUGGAUACAGCUUGUGCCAGUGCGGUGAUAGCACUCGAGAGUGAGCCCCAGAAGAUCUUGAAUGCAAAGUCAAAGGUAUGGAAACUGGAACUUGAGAAGGCAAGCUUGGAGAUUGAUCUUGCCCGGGAGAAGGAUGAACAAACAAUGAAAAGGCUUGAGAGUGUGUGCGAAAAGAUAGAAGAGUUGAAGAAAAGUAUAGAACCGAUGGAGGAAGCAUAUCUGAAAGAGAAGAGACAUAUAAUUGAAUCAAAAAAGCUAAAGAAGAGGCUUGAGGACACGAAGCUGAGACUUGCACAAGCUGAGAGGGAGAGAGACACAUAUGUUGCAUAUGAUCUCAAGACCAAUGUGAUUCCUGUGAUAGAGAGCGAACUCAAGAGGCUUGAGAGUGUUGAAGUGAUCCUUCCUGUCAAAAUUGCAGAGAUCAUAAGUAGAUGGACAGGGAUUCCGGUGACAAGACUCACUAUCGAGGAAAACGAAAGGCUGAUGGAGAUGUCUUCGAGGAUAAAGAAUCGCAUAUUUGGGCAAUCCCAUGCUGUGGAUGCGGUUGUAGACUCUAUUCUGCAGUCUAGGGUUGGCCUGAGUAGAGAGGAUAAGCCGAUUGGGGCUUUUCUCCUUCUUGGGCCCACAGGGGUUGGAAAGACCGAGCUUGCCAAGGCUGUUGCAAUGGAGUUAUUUGAUGAUGAGAAGAAUAUGCUUGUGCUUGAUAUGAGUGAUUAUGGGAAUGAGAUGAGCAUAACGAAGCUGAUUGGGGCGUCUGCAGGAUAUGUAGGAUAUAACGAAGGUGGCGCACUUACGGAACCCAUCAAGAACAGACCCUACAACGUGAUUCUAUUAGAUGAAGUGGACCUGGCACACCAAACUGUCUUGAAUGUGCUAUACCAGCUCCUGGAUGAAGGGCGGGUCACCGAUGGAAAAGGAACUGUUGUGGAUUUCAGGAACUGUGUGCUGAUUAUGACAUCGAAUCUUGGGCAGGAAAUAAUGAUGAGAUCUCCUGAGCUUGAUGAGAAUGACAAGAAAGAGAUUGAAAGGUUGGUGCUAAACAAGUUUGGCCCCCCUCUUGUUAAUCGUAUUGACAAUGUGAUAUACUUCAAUAACCUUGAUAGAGAAAGCAUGUACAAGAUUCUUGAAUACCAGAUGGCAGAGUUGAAGAAGAGGCUCAAUGGUAAGAACAUAUCGUUUGAGAUUUCCAGCGGUGUAAGGGAUGAUGUGAUUGAGAAGGUGCACUCCUCGACUUAUGGAGCCCGUCUACUGAAGCGGUUCAUCCAAUCGAACUUUGUCCAUGCAUUGACAAAAAUUCUUUUGAUGAAGACAAACGAAGAUCCUAUCAAAGUUGUGUGCACCCAUCCUUCUGAGGAGGUUGAGGGGAUUCGCAUCUCUGACUAUAUAUACUCUGUGAGUCCGCAAUCAUUUUUUGAAUAA